ACGCAGAAUUUCAGGCUGGGCCUGUGUGAGAUGCUGGCCUGGGAGGGUCGCAACUGGCAAGUUUGAUCACAGAAGUAGCUGGAGACAGUAACGUUAACUGUCUACGGAAGGCAGGGCGGAUCUUUUUUUUUUUUUUUAGUAUUGUGACCUGCAAACGGGGUGCUGCCAUGCCUGUGACCUCCCAGCUCUUGAAGGCCUUCCGCAGCAGGGAGAUCCAGAAGUUCGGCAGCUUUGCCAUCCAGUGCCGGAAUGGGCACCAGCGCUGUCCGCCUCUCCAGCCCCUUUUCAACUGUUGGCACAAAGAUGCCCGCUCUGCAGACUCUGUCUCGCGCUCAAAAUGGCGGCAGGCCCGCGGCUACAGGACCUCCUCAGAGCGAUGCUACAACUUAACCCCGCCCCAGGUCAACAGCAUCCUGAAAGCCAACGAGUACAGCUUCAAAGUGCCCGAGUUCGACGGGAAGAACGUCAGCUCGGUGAUGGGCUUCGACAGCAACCAGCUGCCCGCCAACGCGCCCAUCGAGGACCGGCGCAGCGUGGCCACCUGCCUGCAGACGCGGGGCAUGCUGAUGGGCGUGUUCGACGGGCACGCGGGCUGCGCCUGCGCCCAGGCCCUGAGCGAGAGGCUCUUCUACUACAUCGCCGUCUCCCUGCUGCCCCACGACACGCUGCAGGAGGUGGAGAGCGCGGUGGAGAGCGGGCGCGCCGUGCUCCCCAUCCUGCAGUGGCACAAGCACCCCAACGACUACUUCAGCAAGGAGGCCUCGCGGCUCUACUUCAACAGCCUGCGCACCUACUGGCAGGAGCUGCUGGACCUCAGCGGCCCCGGGGAGGUGCCGGACAUUAAGGAGGCGCUGGUCAACGCCUUCAAGAGGCUGGACAACGACAUCUCCCUGGAGGCCCAGGUGGGCGACCCCAACGCUUUCCUCAACUACUGGGUGCUGCGGGUGGCUUUCUCGGGGGCCACGGCCUGCGUGGCGCACGUGGACGGCCACGACCUGCACAUCGCCAACACGGGGGACGGCCGCGCCGUGCUGGGGGUGCAGGAGGAGGACGGGUCCUUCACGGCCCUCACCCUCUCCAACGACCACAACGCCCAGAACGAGGACGAGAUCGGCCGCAUCCGGUCGGAGCACCCCAAGAGCGAGGCCAAGACCGUGGUGAAGCAGGACCGGCUGCUGGGCCUGCUCAUGCCCUUCCGGGCGUUCGGCGACGUCAAGUUCAAGUGGAGCAUCGACCUGCAGAAGCGGGUCCUGGAGUCCGGGCCCGACCAGCUCCACGAGAACGAGCACACCAAGUUCAUCCCGCCCAACUACCACACGCCGCCCUACCUGACCGCCGAGCCGGAGGUCAUUCACCACAGGCUCCGCCCGCAGGACCGCUUCCUGGUGAUGGGCACGGACGGGCUGUGGGAGACGCUGCACCGGCAGGAGGUGGUGCGCAUCGUGGGCGAGUACCUCACGGGGGUCCACCACCAGCAGCCCAUCACCGUGGGCGGCUACAAGGUGACCCUGGGCCAGAUGCAGGGCCUGCUGAUGGAGCGGCGGGCCAGGGUGUCGUCCACCUUCGAGGACCAGAACGCCGCCACCCACCUCAUCCGGCACGCCGUGGGCAACAACGAGUUCGGGACGGUGGACCACGAGCGCCUCUCCAAGAUGCUGAGCCUCCCGGAGGAGCUGGCCCGCAUGUACAGGGACGACAUCACCAUCAUCAUCGUCCAGUUCAACUCCCACGUGAUCGGGGCACAGCAGCAGUCGUCAGACGGGGAGGUGGCCUGAGGCGCCAGAUGUCCGAGACGGAACCGGAACGGUCAAAUAUCACACUUAUUUUUUUUGCACAAAAAUUAACUUCUGCCCCUUUUUUCACGUGGACACAUUCGGUCAAAAGAAACAAGGACUUUUUUUGGUGACGGUUACAAAACCUAAAAAUGAUUUGCUAUGUCUCGUACCACGCUGUUGAGGUAGACAUACUGAAAGAGUCUCCAACGGUUUUGCGCACAGUUGAGACUUAUAGGCUGAAUGCAGCGAUAGCGAAAAGCGCAUGGCUUCUCUGCCAGACUCCUACAGUAGGGGUGCUGCAGUUGUGCAUUUUUGAUUUUAGGAACAUUGACAAUACCUCAGCACGUGUUUAGCUCAGAUGUUAUCUAAUACACCGUAAUGAAACUGAGCGAUUAGGCUUGCAGUACGGGUAUUUGUCCCUGUAUUAUUAGGAGGAGUUAUUUAUUUUCAAAUGUUCAUACUCCAAAGGUUUUUGCGUUCUGCAGUAUAUAAAAGGUGCUGAGCAAACACUACAUCUUUCUUUUGACUUUUGCCAAUUCAGCGAUUCCAUCUGCAUCGCACUUAUAAUUUGGGACAGUGUUUGACAAAGAUAUGUAUGUAGUGGGCAGUUUUCGCUUGUUUUUCACAGCAUGCAAAACGUAUUCUGCUUGCAAAUGACCCGCUUGCUGGUCUUACUACUCUUAAGUUGCCAAAAUAACUGAGACCUUUCAUACAUCAGCGCCAUAGAAACAGCCCACAACCUCAGAUGAUCAUGACCCAGGGUUUUACUCCCAUCCUUUCUGGCAGAGCUUAAAUCAAGUUAAGAGUAUGGAUUGUUUGAGUCCUAGUGCAAGAUCUUGCAAGGUCUUAGUUUGAGGUGUUCUCUUGCAAGGACAGAAUGGAUGUUAUGCUAAACAACUAGCACAGGAUAAGAUUGUUUCCUAUACACCAGUGCAGUAUCAGAAAUGAAAGCAACGUCACUCAGAAAAACUGCACACACACUGUGAUGCACCAUGUCAUCGUAAAAAAAUGUAAUAUUAAUGGCAUAUCUGUACGGAGUUAGGCACACACACACCGAUCAGCCAUAACAUUAAAACCA